AAGAUCGAGAAUAGGAGUAUAUCGAACUCUUAGUACUGCAUCAAGAUAGUCGGUAAAUAGCUCAUUUCAUCGAGGACUACAAUUGGAUUGACAUCUUCAAAAUAUAUUAUCAUGCCUCCUCAACGCGAACACCCACCUCUCACUAGAACGGCUGGGAGGGGAAGAGGUCAUUCCUGACAUAGUCAACUAGAUCCUAUAGAGGGGGAAUCGACUGUGUCUACUAUUCGGGCAGCACCUGCUGUUGAACAGACCGAGACUUCUCCACAUCCUCCGCUACCUACUAGUAUUCCUGCCAUGCCUCCUGAGGCAGUUCAGGCAUUGGCAGCCUUCUUUACUGCUAUUGCUGGCCAGGCUCAGGCUGGUCAAGCUCUUCCUACAGUUCCUCCAAGUGUUCCUUCAGUACCACCACCCCCACUUUCUGUCCCACCACCAGUGUUGGAUGUUUUUAAUUCUAAGAAGUUUAAAGAGGCUAGGCAACAUGGUUGCACUUCUUUUAUGGGUGAAUCCGACGCAAUCGUAGCUAAAGAGGUGGUGCAAAUGGCUUUAAGAGUUGAGAAGCUUGCGAAUGAAAAUAGGAGUCUGCGAGCUGAAGUAGCAAAAAGGAGAAAUUUGAGUGUAUUUUCUAGUCAGCCACCAAAAAGGGGCAAAGACUCCUCUGUUUCAAGAAGUACUACUACUAUUUUAGUAACAUCUUUCCAACCUCCAUUUUCAUAAACACAGCAGAAGUCUCCGAGAUUUAACAGCUCUGCGAUGACUAUUUCUGGGAAGAGUUCCGGAGGUUCUGAUAGAUGCAGAAAUUGUGGGAAUUAUCAUGUGGGGCUGUGUAGGGGGCUUGCACGAUGUUUUCAUUGUGGUCAAUUGGGUCAUAUUAGGAGUAUUUGCCCACAAUUAGGACAGGCUACGGUUGUUGCCCCAUCUCCACCAGCUCGUACGGAUAUGCAGAGGAGAGAUUCUUCUGGAUUACCACUGAUACAGGGAUGAUUUUGACAUACCACCAAGGGUAGAUUACAUAUGUGAAAAUUACUGUACUAAUAAAAUGCAUAUGA